UCUCGUCACGCUCCGUUUUCCAAAAAUCUAAUAGUACCUUGAAAAAGAAUGUUUAUUUCCUACGGUUUUAAUAUAAAAGACUGUAAAUGCAACCAAAAAAACAUUCAACUCAUCACACUUGAAGAAUUACCAGCAAGAUGUUCGUUAAGAUUAUCGCUGUAGCAGUCUGCAUCUUUGGCUUAGCCAACGCAGGUGGUCUUAGCCACGGCGCUGGCUAUGGCGGAUAUUCUGGAUACGGCGGAUAUGGGGGAUACGGCGGAUACGGAGGAUAUGGCGGAUACGGCUAUGGCGGACUCGGAGCUAGUCUCGCCACGUCCCACACCAGUGUCACUAGAGUGAUUCCAAGCCACGAAUCGGCUUAUGGUGGUCACUAUGGCGCAGGAUACGCAGGCGCAGGACACCUUAGUUACAAUGGAGCCAACGCAGCCUACGCUGGUCUCGGAUCAGGCUAUGGAUCUGGUUACGCUGGUGGCUACGGCCACUAUGGACUUGGUGGAGGAUAUGCUGGAUAUGCUGGUGCUCCAGCUGUCUCCGAAGUUUCAGUUUACCGCGUCCAUGAGAACGCUCAUGGUGCCUACGGUGGUGUUUCCCAUGGCCUCGGAGGACAUGGCUACAGCGGUUACGGCAACAAACUAGCUUGGUAGUUAAACAGUAUUUAAGUAAUGUAGAUGUCAAAUAAAUGAUAUCAAUUGAA